AUGUCGGCCAAAAUGCCGGUCAAUAUAGCUUCCAAGCUCACGUCAGAAGCAGGGCCUUCAAAUAACCGACAAGCAGCGGCAGGUGGUGGACAGGAGCCACUUGGUAUCGGAGAGAACCGCGGAGCCGUCGGUUGGGUGUCAAUUACAGGGCCCGGUGGCGAGCGGCAAUUCCAGCCCAACAUAAUAUGGCCCAACGGCAAGAAGGAACAGCUCCCAAUACUUCCAGCCAUCCCUAUGACAUUCGGAUAUGGGCCAUUGCUGGAUGCCAGAAACGCGCCCGAAGUUGUCCGACUCACGAUUACUUUACACGUCUUCUCCAUGUAUGUUUGCCACAUGUGGUACGAGUACCUCGGAAGGCUAUUGGUUCGGGAGGAAGUCGUGGGCAUAAUGCGCAUGGUUUUUCACGGCAGUCAGUGGGUCGCGCAAAAGGGACUUCUCGAAAGAUUCGAUAACCCCACAGAUGGGAUCACAAUCGCAUUUCGAAGAGUGACCGACGCAGUGAAAGACACAGUGAGAGAAGAAUGGUGCCGCCACGUUGAUGGUUGGUUCCAGCACUUUCGAGCUGUUGACCCUGCAGCCAAAGUUAGAGCCGAAGAGCUUUAUGGUUUCAUAGGGAGGCCGCCGUUGGUUCUUGAUACUACGCGUAGGGAUUAUAAAGUGAACGCGGAACAGAUUGAACCCUACCAGGCCUGUACCCAUUACGGUGUAGUCAAUUGGGGCACAAAUCGCGACAACGAAAAGUUGAGAGAAGAGGAUACCAGAAAAAUUCUCGGCCACUAUUACAACUGGAAGUCUCCUGGACCAAUACGCCUCUCCGUGACCUUUGCAGACCCAACUUACCAGGCCACUAAGAAUGUAGCUUUGGUGGCUAAUGAUCCAAAGUACAAACCAUUUUUCAAAACUUUGAGCGAGCAGUGGAUUAGUAAAUAUGAGGUAGAAGUUCUGGGACUGAAAGCUCGGCCCAAUACAGAAAUCGCUUCUCAAAGCGGCCUCGUUUCAGCGACGACUUCAAGUCUUGGAGCAUUAUCAUUGACGGCAACCGCUUCAAGUUCAAGUCAGCGCACCACGUCAGGUCUAAGCCAGCUGACCGAUUAUAAAGCAAGUUAUGGAUUCAAACCCAUGAUAGCUCCUGGACCCCCCAGUGCCACCCCCAGUGCAGCCCUCAGUGCAUCGCCAAGUGCAUCCCCCAGUGCACCCCCCAGUGCACCCCCCAGUGCAUCGCCAAGUGCAUCCCCCAGUGCACCCCCCAGCGAAAGCAGCAGCAAGGCGUCAAGCGGAAAAGGCAAGGAGAAGGAGACGACUCCAGAAUAUUUCAGACAAUUCACCGAUUAUGAUGACUACGCUAGGAGUGAGUCCGCAGGGUCUCCGCCACCUCCUGGAAAGACCACCAGCGACGAUCCAGCCAAUAAAGGGAAAGGCAAGGCUAGGCGACGAGAAUCUAGUUCUAAUUCACCACCGAAAACAGAAAAAGGAAAAGGAAAAGGAAAAGAAAAGGUGGAAAAACGUCAACGUCGUGAUUGA